AUGGAGUACGAAAAGUGGUUAGAACUUGGGGAGAGACUGGGUUUUAAAGAAACGGAGUUACAACAGUUUGUCAGAGCCAAGGAACAGGAGUACUUGGACAGAGAGGAGAGAGCGAGGAAGCGUGACCAAGAAAAGGAGUACAGAGAGGAGGAGAUACGUAAGCGUGACCUCGAGGAGGCUGAGAAAAGCAGGCAAUUUGAGUUGGAAAAGUUGAGAAUGCAGACUGACAUUGAAAUGGCUAGACUGAAGAUGGAACAAGAGAGAAGCGAGAUGUCAAGGUCAAACUCCGAAGAGGCUAGGUCAAGGUCACUGCGACCCAAGCUACCUAAGUUCGAUGAACAAAAGGAUGAUAUGGAUGCAUUUUUAGAGAGAUUUGAGAAGUUUGCCAUAGCACAGAAGUGGAAUACAGAUAACUGGGCGGUGAGUCUCAGUCCACUGCUCACUGGUAAAGGACUACAAGUCUAUUCAAGCAUGCCAUCGACGCAGAUUGAUGAUUAUGAUGAGUUGAAGAAGGCACUACUCAGAAGAUAUGAGCUUACUGAGGAAGGAUUUCGCUUGAAGUUUAGGGAGAGUAAGCCAGAGAAGGGUGAAACCGCCUUCCAGUUUGUGGCGAGGUCAACACGAUAUUUGAUGAGAUGGGUUCAGAUGUCAGAGAUUGAACAUUCAUUUGAGGGAUUAACAGACCUUCUUAUAAGGGAGCAAUUUAUCCAGACUUGUUCAUCAGAGAUGUCUCUUUUCCUCAAAGAGAGGGCACCAAAGGACGUUAAGGAAUUAACACGGCUUGCUGAACAAUACAUGGAGGCUCAUGGAGGAAAUAUCUCCAAACCUAACAAGGUCGUUGGGUAUAAUUCCAAUAAGGCUAAUCAUUCACCUCGUCAUAACCCCCAGCAAAACCCAAAGGUUAGUGACAAGACAACAGAUGAUAAAGGUCAAAGGACACGUCGCUGUUUUAUUUGUGGAGGUGAGGGUCACAUCGCUCGAGAUCAUGCGGAAGGAGGCAAGAUUGGGUCAAGGCCACACAAGGGUAGUCAGAGUAAAGACACCAACAAGGCGGCACUUUGUAAGGCUUCAAGGAAGAAAAAGGAAGUAACAGAGGAUUGUAUUAGGGAUGAGAUUAGCAGUAAGAAGGAAUCAAGGAUAGCGAUAAUGGGACGUAUUAGACUGGAAGACAGUGGAAUGCCUGUUCAGCUUGGAUACGUGGGAGAUCACCCAGUGCAGGUUCUGAGGGACACAGGAUGUAGCAGCGCUGCUGUUAGGGAAGCUUUAGUAAAUCCUGACCAGAUCACUGACAAGGAACUCCCAUGUAUACUGAUUGAUGGAACAGAGCGGAUGUUCAGAAUGGCAAAGAUUGAUGUUGAUACCCCUUUCUAUGUAGGGAAGCUAGAGGCAAUGUGCAUGAAGGAUCCAAUCUAUGAUCUGGUAAUCGGUAAUGUCGACACAGCAAAGUUAACGGCUGAUGUUGAUUGGAGGCCGCUUUCAGAAGAAAAUAAGACAGCUGCAGUGAUGACUAGAGCUGAAGCAAAGAGGGAGAAACAACCUAUAAAGCCAUUGAAUGUCCAAGCAAAGGAGGUGGAUUUUGUUGGACUGGAUGGACUACAGAAAGCACAACAGGAGGACAAAUCACUGAACAGGUGGCACGAGAUUGCAAAAACUAAGGAAGGUAACCAAGGUGAUAAGUACCGAAUGGAGAUAAAUAACAAUAUCUUGUACCGUAUCUACAGACAGAAGAGAGGGAAGUUGGUUGAAGAUGUACGACAGAUCGCUGUUCCAGAGACAUAUAGGGAGAAAGUGAUGUCACUUGCACACGAGUCAAUUGUUGGAGGGCACUUGGGAAUACAGAAAACUAUCGACAGAAUUUCGACAAGUUUCUACUGGCCUGGAAUGACUAGUGAUGUGACACGCUACUGUAGGUCUUGUGAUAUAUGUCAAAGAACCACACCAAAGGGCAGGGUAACAAAGGUGCCUUUGGGAGAGAUGCCGUUGAUUGAGGAGCCUUUCAAGAGGGUAGCAGUAGAUUUGAUUGGUCCAAUAUACCCCUCGUCAGGAAGUAAGAAUCGUUACAUACUAACAGUUGUGGAUUACGCGACAAGGUAUCCUGAGGCCAUAGCAUUACCCAAGAUUGAGACGGAGAGAAUAGCAGAGGCGCUCAUGGAAAUAUUUUGUAGAGUUGGUUUCCCGAAGGAAAUACUAAGUGACAGAGGGUCACAGUUCACCUCAGGACUCAUGGAGGAGGUGUGCAGACUGGUGUCAGUCAAACAACUGUUCACAACACCAUACAACCCGAAGUGUAAUGGUUGGUGUGAGAGAAUGAAUGGGGUUCUGAAGAGCAUGUUAAAGAAGAUGUGCCAAGAACGACCACAAGAUUGGGACCGGUAUAUUCCCGCUGUAUUAUUCGCAUACAGGGAAGUCCCACAAGCAAGUACUGGGUUCUCGCAAUUUGAACUACUGUACGGGAGGACAGUUCGCGGGCCCAUGCAAGCGUUAAAGGAGAUAUGGACUGAUGAGGCAGAUGAGAAAUCUGAGACGAGGAAUACAUACCAGUAUGUUCUCAACUUAAGAGAUAGGUUAGAAGAAACCUGUAAGAUAGCCAGAGAAAGUCUACUUAAGUCACAAGGAAUUUACAAACACCACUAUGAUAAGAGAACAAAGAACCGUCAGUUUGAGGUCGGACAAAAGGUGCUGGUGUUGUUACCAACAGACAACAACAAACUUUUGUUACAGUGGAAAGGACCAUUUGAUUUAUACGUUGAGCGAGUAGACGUCAAAACAAAAUGUAAAGCAACAUGUCCAAUAGGGUCAGCAAAAGAGACAGUAGCUGGAAUCGCAGUUAUCGAGGCUGAAGAUGAGAACGACUGUGGAGCUGUGGACGAUGAAAACCUGCUAGAGUUAGGUAACCUAUCUGGAAAGGAGACAUUCAAGGAUGUUGAAAUCAGUGACGAAUUGUCAGAAGAUCAACAGUCAGAGGUGAAAGCGCUUCUAGAAGAAUUUCAGGAUAUUUUCACGGAUGUCCCCGGAACGACACAUCUACAGACACACCGUAUUGAGACAACCAGUAAUAAUCCUAUCCGAGUUAAACCGUACCCAAUACCGUAUGCCAAAAGGAAAGAAGUGCAGGAGGAAGUUAAGAAAAUGGUAGACUUGGGAAUAGUAGAACCCUCGAAGUCUGCAUAUAAUGCUCCGAUUGUCAUGGUGAAGAAAAAGGACCAAACCAAUAGGGUGUGUAUUGACUUUCGCAAACUAAACGCAGUGACUCAUUUUGAUCCUGAGCCAAUGGGAGAUAUUGAUAAUAUUAUGACAAAGCUUCACGAGGAUAAAUAUUUCUCAAAGUUCGACCUUAGCAAAGGCUACUGGCAAAUACCUGUGGAAGAGAAAUCACGACACAUGACUGCAUUUUCAACGCCAGAAGGUUGUUACCAGUUUCGGAAGCUUCCAUUUGGUCUAGUUAACUCAGGAGCCACAUUCAACAGAAUGAUGAGGAAAAUGCUGGAUGGUAGUAGGAAUACGGACCAUUAUGUCGAUGAUAUUCUUAAUCAUAACAAGACAUGGGAGGAACAUGUUCAAGAUCUUAGAGAGCUAUUCUCGAGAAUUAGAGAUGCGAACCUAACGGUACGGCCGUCAAAGUGUAUGAUAGGCUACAGGACACUAGGAUUCGUAGGCCAUACUGUGGGUGAAGGUGCAAUUACCAUGGAGAAAGAUAAGCUGGAGAAGAUUCGAGACGCACCACAACCGAAGACAAAAAGGCAGGUCAGAGCAUUCCUUGGACUAGCGGGGUACUACCGGAAGUUCGUCCCAAACUUUGCGGAUAUUGCAACACCACUCUCAGACCUCACCAAGAAGGGAAAACCAAAUCAGGUGGAUUGGGGACCAGGAGAGGACAAUGCAUUCAGAUGUCUAAAGGACCUCUUGAUCACGGCCCCUGUUCUACGGCUGCCUGACCUUUCAAAAAUGUUUAUUGUACAGUCUGAUGCCUCAGAUACUGGUUUAGGUUGUGUUUUACUACAAGAACAUGCUGAUGGUAUAUUUCCAGUCGCCUAUGCAAGUAAAAAGCUACUUGACAGAGAAAAGAAUUACUCCGUUAUCGAAAGAGAAUGUUUAGCUAUUAUCUUUGCUGUCAAGAAAUUCCAAAUGUACUUAUAUGGGCGAGAGUUUGUACUCUACACAGAUCAUAGGCCAUUGGUGUAUAUCCAAAAGAGCAAGAUUGAGAGCAGUAGGAUAAUGCGAUGGGCAUUGUUUUUGCAGAAUUACAAAUUCCGCAUCAAAAUGAUUAAAGGAUCAGAAAAUGUAGCUGCAGAUUACCUAAUUUUGUUUUCAAAAACGCAAGAGGAGUUCCGGGUGAAUUGGAGCUUGGGGGGAGGAGGCGAAGGCGCGGAAAGUGAAUGGAAGAUGGAGGAUGUGUGCUCAAUUUUGAAAGGACGAUAUGGACAGCAAUAUGAUGAUGAGCAACCGGAAGUGUCGG